AUGUUACAAAGAACCACGAUCCCGCAGCUGCGUGGUCUCCCAAUUGCCUUCCACGGCACCGUGAUCCACACGCUCGAUGUCACACAGCUCGAAAUCCUGCAAGACUGUCUUCUCGUAAUCAACGACGAAGGUAGAAUCGAGAAGAUAUACAAAGAUAUUCCCGCCAAGAAAGUAAACGACUACAUUGCCGAGGCCGGCCAUACACCAGACGUAUUUCCCGUGAGAUAUCUGAAAAGAGGGGAAUUCUUGGUCCCCGGGUUUAUUGAUACUCACCAUCAUGCGCCGCAAUGGGCUCAACGGGGCAUGGGCCGGGACCAGACUUUAUUGGACUGGUUGAAUAACGUCACGUUUGCACAUGAACGGAAAUUUGAGGAUGUGGAAUACGCCCGAAAAAUGUAUACGGCUUGUGUACAGGCCGGAAUCAAGCAAGGUGUGACUACCGCAUCGUACUACGGGAGCGUACAUGUGGAGGCAACCAAGAUCCUGGCGGAGAUUUGCCUGGAGCAAAAUCAGCGAGCUCUGGUGGGGAAGUGUAACAUGAAUCGCAACUCGCCGGAAUGGUAUCGAGAUGCGUCGGCCGAGGAGUCGCUCAAGCAUACCAAGGAAUUGAUUGCGCAUAUACGCCGGAUCGAUAGCGAGGGGAAAUUUGUGAAGCCAAUUCUCACGCCCAGAUUCGCUAUUACGUGCGACGACAAACUGCUUGCCGGAUUGGGCGAUAUAGUGAAAGAGGAGGCCCCAAACACCAUCCAUGUUCAGACACAUUUCAACGAAGCCGCCGAUGAGAUGGAAUUUACCCGACAAUUAUACCCCCAAUUCAAACACGAAGCGGACCUCUACGACGAAUUCGGUCUGUUAGGUCCACAGACUAUCCUUGCGCAUAGCAUCUUUCUGGAAGAAGAAGAAAUGGACAGAAUCAAAUCCAAGGGAUGCGGGAUCGCGCAUUGUCCCAUUUCGACUGCUACUUUGGGUGAGUUCAUGAUGGCGCCGAUUCGAGAAUAUCUGCGUAGAGGUAUCAAAGUCGGCUUGGGUACGGAUGUAGGCGGUGGAUUUUCGAGCAGUAUGCUUGAGAUUAUGAGACAUGCCUUUAUCAUAUCAAAGGCACGCGAGACGAUGACGAAAUGUGCGGAUCCAGCCUUGAAAUUGCAUGAAGGGUUCUUCUUGGCUACACUGGGCGGCGCACAGGUUUGUGGCUUGGAGGAUAAAGUCGGGAAUUUUGUGGAGGGCAAGGAAUUUGACGCACUGGAAAUCCAUACCACGGGUCUGGGACCGUAUGAAAGUCUAGGUGUGAUGAGUCCGAUUGAAGAUUGUGAUUCUAUCCACGUUAUUUUUGAAAAGUUUCUCAUGACUGGAGAUGACCGUAAUAUUGCAAAGGUGUAUGUCGCUGGACGAUCAUUGAAGGAGACAGUUCCUUGA